AGAGCUCCGUCUCUCUCUCUCUCCGUCCCCACGCCGCUCCAAUUUUUUUUUCAUAAAAAAAAAGUUCCUAAAAAUCUCCAAAAAUGGCUUCGGCUAUUCGAUCUCUCCUUCGGAUUGAUCCGAGAAGCGCUUUUCGGAUCUCGGAGAGCUAAAAAUUCCCCAUUUUUUUCCACUCCCGAGAAAAAAAAACCAUUUUUCCGUUACUCUGUUCAUCUCCUCCCCUGUUUUUUUUUUUUUUUUCCCCCAAAAUUCUCGUUUUGAUGCGGCAAAUUCUCAUGGGUUUUGAUAAAAACUCGAUUUUGUGAGCGGUUUUGAUCUCAUUUUGGCCGAUUCCUUUGCGGUUCGAUGGAGGAGGAUUCGGCAAUGGCGGCGGCGGCGGCGGAGGAGGCGAGUCGCCGCCGCCCGAGAGAUCUACUCCGGCGAUUCGGCAGCGUCAGUAGUUGUUACGAGGAGAGCGCGAACGGCGCGGAUUCGGACGAGAUCGAGCUCAGCCUCGGCCUCUCCCUCGGCGGCUGCUUCGGCUCCUAUUCGAAUCCGAAUUCGAAGGGGAAGAACAAAUUGGUGCGCUCCUCCUCGCUCGCAUCGUUCUCGCCCUUCUCCGGCGACACCGACUUCGCCGCCGCCGCCGCCGCCGCGGCGGCGGCGGCGGCGGCGAGCCCGCUGGCGAGGACGUGCUCGCUGCCGACGGAGACGGAGGAGGAGCGGAGGAAGCGGAAGAAGAUGGAGAGCCUGAAGAGGCUGGAGGCCAAGAGGAAGAGGCUGGAGCGGCGGAAUUCGUUGAAGCCCGCGGCGUCGGGCAGGGAGAGAUUCGACGGCUUCCCCCCGAUAUCGCAGGGCUCGAUCGGAUCGCAGGGAAGCAGUUCUUUCGCUGCAGCAGUUUUCGAAAUCAAGGCGGCGGCGGAAGGAAAUGAUAGCCCCUUGAAAGUCCAACCACUGCCCGACAAUAUCAACCAUAGAAUAGCAGCAAUGCCUCCUACAGCACCGACAAGAGCAGCGACGAAUUGCAACAUUGGACAACAGAGUCCUGUAAGAACUCUAUCAGGCAGAACCAACAGCCUCGGGAAGAACAUAAUGGAAGACAUGCCGUGCGUGUCGACCAAGGGAGACGGCCCCAAUGGGAGGAGAAUCGAAGGCUUCCUUUUCAAAUUCGAGAAGGUCGAAGACGUGAGGAUAGUUUGCGUGUGUCACGGCAGCUUCCUCACCCCCGCCGAGUUCGUGAAGCAUGCCGGAGGCGGAGACGUCGCGCACCCUCUAAAGCACAUUGUGGUCAACCCUUCUCCAUCGAGCUUUUCAUAAUCCUCGAUCCGAAUCAUGCAUUGCAUUGCGUGGUGAUAUUAACAGAGCAGCUUUUAUUCUUGGCAGAGCAGAUACAUUAAACUCGGUCAUUGUGCACCGACCAGACCUGCAGAUACAAGAUAUCUGCUCUAUCGAUGGUGAAACAUGCUCUCUUAUUAUCAUCGUCCGCGUCAGUCCAAGGUAUCUUCUUGAGUAGUUGGGCUUGUUUUCCUCUUUUGCCAGACAAUUAUGGAAAAGGAGGAAACAAACAUGAAGAGCAAUGGAUAAAGGUUUGUUGCCAGACUUAAGGGAUUAAUUCUGGAUGGUUGUUCCUCUCAGAAAUUAAGUGUCCCAUUGGUGUUUCUGGUUGGUGGAACAUGGCCAUCAAGAUGAUGAUAUUCUCAAUUUUAUGGUCAUAUGGUCUUUGCCAAGCUGAUGUGGUAUUGAACUUUAGAUCCAUAGGCGGUUAAGAAGUUAAAAGAAAUAGAAAGUAUGGUUUGUAAAGGUUAAGAGAUGCAAAAGAAAGGAAAUUUCCUCUUUUCCUAUGCUGAACCAUAUAAGAGCAGUACUAAAGCUGCUUUUUUUUUAAUUAUUAUUUCUCCUUUUUUUUUUUCA